UCAGAGCUCCGAGUGGCGCGAAACGGGUGUCGGUGCAGAAUAGCGGGGUGGUGGAUCUGUCCGGCACGAGGUGUAUCUGUUCCUCUGAGUCUUUAUUCAGCUUUAUAAACUCCACUUUACAAUGGCCACCGACGUCGUGGACGACCAUGAGAUGAGGGAGGCUCAGAGAGAGUACCUGGACUUCCUCGACGAUGAUCAAGACCAAGGAAUCUAUCAGAGCAAAGUCCGGGACAUGAUCAGUGAGAAUAAGUUCCGACUCAUCGUCAACAUCAACGAUCUGCGGCGCCGCAAUGAAGCUCGAGCUGCCAAACUGAUGAACAAUGCUUUUGAAGAACUCCUGGCAUUCCAGCGUGCUUUAAAAGAUGUGGUGGCUUCUGUGGAUGCCACCUACGCCAAGCAGUUUGAAGAGUUCUUCAUCGGGCUGGAGGGCAGCUUUGGGAGCAAACAUGUUAGCCCUCGCACUCUCACUUCUCGCCUGCUGGGAAGCAUGGUGUGUGUGGAGGGCAUUGUCACCAAAUGCUCUCUGGUGCGUCCCAAAGUAGUGCGAAGUGUCCAUUACUGCCCGGCCACUAAGAAGACUUUGGAGCGCAAAUACACGGAUAUGACCUCACUGGAUGCUUUCCCUUCAAGUGCCAUCUACCCAACCAAGGAUGAAGAGAACAACCCACUGGAGACAGAGUUCGGUCUGUCCAUCUACAAAGACCACCAAACCAUCACUGUGCAGGAGAUGCCAGAGAAGGCUCCUGCUGGGCAGCUGCCUCGCUCAGUUGACAUCAUUCUGGACAAUGAUAUGGUGGAUGGGGCUAAGCCUGGUGACCGUGUGCAAGUCGUUGGGACCUAUCGCUGCUUGCCUGGCAAGAAAGGUGGCUUUACCUCUGGCACAUUCAGGACCAUUAUGAUAGCCUGCCAGGUGAAGCAGAUGAGUAAAGAGGUCACUCCAUAUUUCUCAGCUGAUGAUGUGGCAAAGAUCAGGAACUUCAGCAAGUCCCGGACUAAGAAUGUGUUUGACCAGUUGGCCCGUUCCUUGGCCCCCAGUAUCCACGGGCAUGAGUACAUCAAGAAGGCCAUCCUGUGUCUGCUGCUCGGUGGAGUGGAGAAGGUUCUAGAAAAUGGAUCACGCAUCCGUGGAGACAUUAACGUACUUCUUAUAGGUGACCCAUCAGUGGCCAAGUCUCAGCUUCUGCGCUACGUGCUGCACACGGCUCCUCGUGCCAUCCCCACCACAGGCCGUGGAUCGUCCGGAGUGGGUCUGACUGCAGCGGUCACUACUGACCAGGAGACAGGUGAGCGUCGCCUGGAGGCUGGUGCCAUGGUGUUGGGAGAUCGAGGUGUGGUUUGCAUUGAUGAAUUUGACAAAAUGUCUGACAUGGACCGCACUGCCAUUCACGAGGUUAUGGAACAGGGGAGGGUUACCAUCGCCAAGGCAGGUAUUCAUGCCCGUCUAAAUGCCCGCUGCAGCGUCCUGGCAGCUGCCAAUCCAGUCUAUGGCAGGUAUAACCAGUACAAGACCCCGAUGGAAAACAUUGGCCUGCAAGACUCCCUGCUGUCUCGAUUUGACCUGCUCUUCAUCAUGCUGGACCAGAUGGACCCUGAGCAGGACCGUGAGAUCUCUGACCACGUGCUUCGCAUGCACCGCUACCGGGACCCCCAUGAGCAAGAAGGAGCAGCAUUGGCUUUGGGUGGUACAGUAGAUGUGUUGGCCACGGAUGAUCCAGACGCGGCUCAGGAGGAAGAGGGAGAGCUGCAGGUGUAUGAGAAACACAACCACCUUCUACAUGGAAACAGGAGGCAGAGGGACCGAAUUGUAAGCAAAGAGUUCAUGAGGAAGUACAUCCACGUUGCCAAGGCAAUUUCUCCUGUACUGACCCAAGAAGCAGCCAAUCACAUCGCAGAGGAGUACGCAAGACUGCGCAACCAGGACCAGCUUGGCUCAGACAUUGCUCGGACAUCACCUGUCACAGCCAGAACUCUGGAAACUUUGAUUCGUCUGUCCACGGCUCACGCCAAGGCACGCAUGAGCAAGUCUGUGGAUCUUGUGGACACAGAGGUGGCAGUGGAGCUUGUUCAGUUCGCCUACUUCAAAAAGGUUCUGGAGAAGGAGAGAAAGCGUGCUAGAAAGGGAGAUCAAGACUCGGCCUCUGAGGAUGAGGAGGAAGAGGAGGAAACCCAGGGCACCCCACGGCAGCAGAGAAAGAGGAGGCGCCGUUCAGCUGAGCGCAGACCAUCACAGAGCAGUGAACCCUAUGACCCAUAUGACUUUACCACAGAGGCAGACAUACCUCAGAUCCAAUCUCCUGCUGCUGCAAGGCCUGCUGAGGAGCCUAUGGAGACACCUGAACAGAACGGCCACACAGAAUUAUCAGCAGAAAGGCUGAAGGAGUUCAAAGCUGCAUUGCUGGAGGUCUUCCGCUCUGCACACGCUCAGUCUGUGGGCAUGAACGCUCUGAUGGAAGGCGUCAACAAAACCUGCUCCACUCCUUUCGAUCAGGCCGAGGUUCGCACGGCUCUCGGACGCAUGCAGGAUGAUAAUCAAGUCAUGGUAGCCGACGACAUCAUUUUCCUCAUUUAAGGAGAAGGAUCUGUGAAGGGAAACUGCAGAACACUGCAGAGUGUGAACUUUUGUCAGGGCCUGGCCUGCUUCAAAAAUGCAUUUUACUUACACAUGCAAGAUUUUAUUUUAUCACUCAUAAAUCAAACGCAUAGUUAUUAUAUGCAUGUUUUUGGUUCGUUGUUCAAAGGCAGGUGCUCACUCUGUGCACAUUUAAUGACUCAUCUAAUUCGCAGCUGCAUUUCCUUGACUUACAUACAUUCUUUUAUUUGCUUUUUUUAUUCAGUUUUACUGUAUGUGGUUUUAGAAUGAGGCGGAUCUGUUUGUAAAUACGGCCUGUUGUUGAAAAGAGGGUUAAAUUUGGGUUUUGUUGCCCAUUGAAAACUGAAGAAUAAAUAAUGUAUCAGAUACAA